AUGAGAAAAGGCAUGAUAGAUCGAAAAAAGAUCAAUGGAGAUAGAAAUGGAUUAGUUCAUCACCGUGCAAAUUCUAAAAAUCGUAUGCUAAAGGAAUUAGAACUUACGGAUAAUAUUUAUUCAAAGUUAGCAAGUGAUAUUAAAGAUCAUCCUGAUGAUAUUAGAAUAAAGAGGGGAUCGGCGGCCCUCGAAAGGGAUUUAGACUUUUGGAAGAUGCCCGAAACUUUGGAAGAUGCCAACAGUUUAAAUCCAAACGUUCAAUUUUUAUCAUCGAAUGAUAACCCAUCAAAGGACGUUGAUUAUAAAUAUGGGAAAAUUUCGAUACGUUAUCAACCAUUAAAACUGCUAAAUUUCCAAAGACUUCUGUCAGAUUCAACACCUGUAAAUUCAUCAGAUUGGAACUCUGAACGUUAUAGUCAUGAUUUUGACAUUUACGAAUCAGAAGAUUUGAUAAAUAUGUUAGACAACGAUAGUACGAUACCGUAUAGAUCUGCUAUUGCCCAAAAGAAAGACUAUUCUACAACAAGAACUAUACCCAGUAUCAAGGAUCGUGAAUUCUUCCAAAAUUUACUCACUCAAUCGUCCACAGCUAGAUAUUUUGACGCCAAUGUGUUUUUAGCUGAUCAUGACGAUGAAGGUGAUGUUCUAACAACGAAUACAAAACCCACUAAAAGAAGAUUUAGAAAAAACGUGGACCGAAAGGAUGCACGCACCAAUUCGAUUGAAUACAUCUAUCUAAGAGAUUUUGAAAUUAAAACUUGGUAUACAACACCUUACCCAGAGGAGUACAACAGAAAUAAAAUACUCUACGUUUGCGAGUACUGUUUGAAGUAUAUGAAUUCAAGAUAUAUCUACCAUAGACAUGAAUUGAAAUGUACCCACUUUAGACCUCCAGGUAAUGAAAUUUAUCGUGAUGGUAAAAUAUCAGUUUGGGAAAUCGAUGGUCGUGAAAAUGUAAUUUAUUGUCAAAAUUUGUGUCUACUGGCGAAAUUGUUUCUAAACUCCAAAACUCUUUACUACGAUGUGGAGCCGUUCAUUUUUUACGUUCUAACUGAAAGAGAAGAUGUUGGCACAGGUAUACCUAAAUUUCAUUUGGUUGGUUAUUUUUCCAAAGAAAAGUUAAACUCCACGGAUUACAAUUUAAGUUGUAUUCUGACUCUACCAAUAUAUCAACGUAAGGGGUAUGGUCAUUUCCUUAUGGAGUUUUCAUACUUGUUAUCAAGAAGAGAGUUCAAAUGGGGGACACCUGAAAAACCACUAUCAGAUUUGGGAUUAUUAUCCUACAGAAAUUAUUGGAAAGUUAAAUGUGCACAAGUACUUGUAGAUUUAAAAAUACUUUUGCAAAACUCUGAUUUUUCCAAUUUACAAAUAAGUUUAGUAGAAAUGUCCAACCUAACUGGCAUGAUCCCUACGGAUGUCGUAUUUGGAUUAGAACAAUUGAAAGUGCUAGUACGACGUACAAAAAGUGAUGGUAAGGUCCAAUAUGCUAUAAAGAUCGAUUCAUGGCAAAGAAUUGAAAAAAUAUGCCAAAAUUGGAAUACAAAAGAUUACUGUAAAUUAGAUCCAUCAAAAUUAGUUUGGAAACCAAUGAUUUUUGGACCAUCUUGCGGUGUGAAUGCAGUAGGAACUAUGGUAGAGACCACUACUGGUGCUACUCGUAACACAAGUGGUAUUAACGAUCAUCAAGAAGAUUUUUUCAAGAAAAGUAUGUCGAUGUUGGUAAACUUUAUGAAGGAUGAUAUCGGUGAUCCGAGAUCCAUGGAAGUGGCUGCACGGCAAAAGAUAAUCGAUAGAAUUAAUAUUAAGCAUGACGAUGAUAAUUAUGGUAGUAAUUUACGGGAGAUAGGCAAUUGGGAAUUGUGCUAUGAAGAACCUCAUUUGCAGGUCAAUGGUAAUACGAACCACGUUAAAUCAAAAUGGAAUGGUAAUUCAAAACAAGAUCUUCGAACGACCAACCAGGGUUUGGUUGAAGAUGAUUUACAAUAUCAAAGCAUCGAUGACGCAAGUAAACCGACCGGAGAUGACAAUGGCGAUGAUUACAGCGAAAAGGGGGAAGAGAGCUUCCAUUCUGCGCUAGAAGAGGAAGAAGACAAUGAUGAUGGAGAUGUAGAUGUAGAUGAAGAAGAUGCAGAAGCUGUCGAGGAUGAUGAUGAUGAUGAUGAUGACAACGAUGAUGACGAUGAUGAUGAAGAGGACGAAGAGAUAAUGAGUACAAGGCGAAGCCAUAGGCUGCGUCAUCUACGGGAAUCUCAGUCGCAACCUAUUAGGCACCAUCUGCGCGGGAGAGCAACAAGCUAUGACAAAGACAUAUAA